AUGGCAAGCAGUAUCAAGGACAAGGACCAGGACGUCGAGUCCAAGUCGCUCGAGGGCGACCUCGACCCCGAUACCGUGCCAACCGAGCACGAGCUGGCGACGCUGCGGCGCGUCCCAGCGGCGAUGCCAUGGCCGGCGCUACUCCUCUGCUUUGCCGAGCUGGCCGAGCGCGCAAGUUACUACGGCACCUCGGGCCUCUUCUUCAACUUUGUCAAGAACCCCCUCCCCAAAGGCGGGAGCGGCACCGGCGCCGUGCCCCGCGGAGACGCGUACAAGAACGCCAAGCCGGGCGCGCUGGGCAAGGGGCUGGUCGCUGCGAACGCGGUGACGACGACCUUCACGUUCCUCUCCUACGUCAUCCCCAUUGUCGGCGCCAUCCUCGCCGACACCCGGUGGGGGCGGUACAAGGCCGUGUGGGUCGGCACGCUGGUCGGCAUCUUUGCGCAUAUCCUCAUCGUCGUCCCUGCCAUUCCGGCAGUGAUCAAGGUGCCUGACGCGAGCCUCGCGCUGCUUAUCGUGUCAAUCAUGGUACUUGCGUUCGCGGCGGGCUUCCUCAAGCCUUCUAUCUCGCCGCUGCUGUGCGACCAGGUCACUGUGAAGCGGCCUACCAUCCGGGUUCAGAAGAACGGCGAGCGCGUCAUCGUCGACCCCGAGACUACGAUCGGGCGGUGGCUUAUGAUCUUCUACCUCUCUGUCAAUAUCGGGUGCUUCUUCUCCAUCGCCACGACAUACGCCGAGCGCUUUGUCGGAUUCUGGCUGGGCCUGUUCCUCCCCGGCAUCGUGUACGCCUUCGUGCCCAUCGUGCUCCUCCUCAUCAAGAACAGGCUGCAGCACGCGCCGCCGCAGGGCUCGGUGGUCCUCGAGGCGUUGGGCGUGCUCCGUAUCCUCCUGGCCGACGGCGGGAUAUGGAAGGCGCUCCGUGGCGGAGGCGACGCGUUCUGGGACCGCGCGCGGCCGAGCUAUAUCGCCAAGCAUAACAACGUAGCCCACCCCGAAAAGGUUUUCUGGGACGACCUGUUUGUCGACGAGAUCCGCCGCACCGUCUCCGCGUGCGGCUUUUUCGUGCUCCUCCCAAUCUACAACCUCGCGCAGCUCGGCAUCGCGUCCCAGCUCGGCGCGAUGUCCGUGUCCAUGGUGCUCAACCACAUCCCCAACGACAUCAUGGCCAACUUUAAUCCUCUUGGCGUCGUCGUCGGCUCCCCGCUCCUCACGUACGGCUUCUACCCCUUCAUGGCGUACAUCGGCUACCCUCUUGCUCCGAUGACGCGGAUUUCCAUCGGCUUCGUCAUCGGGUCGAUCGGCUCGACCAUCGCCGCCAUCGUCCAGUGGAAGAUCUACCAGACGUCCCCGUGCGGAUGGUACGCGACGAGCUGCGACGACGUGUCCAAGGUGUCCAUUGCGUGGCUCAUCCCCAUCCUCGUCAUCCCGGCCAUUGGCGAGCUCAUGGUCAAUGUGACGGCGUACGAGGUGGCGUACACGCACGCGCCGGCGCGUAUGAAGGGGCUCGUGUUUGCCUUGUGUCUCUUCAGCACGGCCAUCUCGGCGGCCUUCUCGCUCGCCUGUGCCGGCCUGAUCAAGGACCCCUGGCUCGUCUGGCCCUGGGUCGCCCUCACUGUCGCGGCCCUCAUCUGCGCCGUAAUCUUCCCCACCUACUUCCGCCACAUGAACAAGGCGCCCCAUACGUGGAACGACGAGGCGCGCCAGGCUGGAAAGCUCACUGGGUUUACGCUUAACAAGACGGAGGCGGCGCGGGUAGAGGAGGAGGUGUCGCCCGAGCUGCGCAAGUACUAG